AAAUAAGGAAUUUUUUCUAAGCUUAAGUGGGGAAAUUUCAGUUUUACAUCUGGUAACACUGACUAGAAUUUAGAAACGACUCGCGUAAACAUUCAAACAUACUCGAAGCAUGGAUUACAUUUUUAUUUCGUGAUUCUCUUUGUAAAAAAAAAUGCGAAUUGUACGAUGUAAUAGUCACGCAUGUAGACUGAAAUAAUUGACAGGAUCGUUGACGUUUCGAGGUGUUUUUAAGAAUUUUCAGAGAAUUUACGACGAAUCUCUGCCUUGUACAGAAUCAGAGAAUUCUCUUCUUCUGGAUGUUAUGGAGCAAGCAAGAUUCGGUACACCCAAGGCGCAGAGAGUCGGUAGCCCUUUAAUAAAUAAUCUCUGGGGGCACAGGACCUCCCCGGUGAAACGAGGGAACGAGAUGCAGUUGAGACGAGCCCAUGAUCAGCUGAACGGAGGACCAUGCUUACCUUACACCGGUCUACCGAGUCACAUCACUCCACCGUCCAAGCUGAGGAAGCUCAUCAGUAAAAAUCCGUUCGAGCCUGACCUGAUUAAUAGGCUGCAUCUACCUGUCAUCAGUCCGACUAUAUUCGCCAAGGUAUCGAGUCCUAUGCAAGAGUCGCCGGGAUUUAAAUGGAACGUAGACGAAUUAGCACGUAUAAAACCGGCGAGGAUCGAAGAAUUUCCUGUGCACCAGAUGCAGUCUCCGGAUCCAGAACUGGAAGUGAAGGCCCAGGCUGCUAUAGAUUGUUUCUUUAAACAGAAUCAUAUCAUUCCUAGUCCAUGGGAUGUCAGACAAAAGGAAAAUAAGUCGUCUUCGAGCACUCCCAAUAGACCUCUGGACGAUUUCAAUUCUACUAAGGACCUGUCAAAGUCGAAGAAAGAUGUAUUUAGUCAGACGGUCUUGUCUUUGCCUUUUGACUUACCACAAAAUGUUGAAGAGGCUUUGAAACCUUUCUUCACAUUUACUCAGGAACAAAAUGCAGAUAGCAAUGAUAUAAAUUUAAGUAAUAAUUCACUGAGAAGAAAAUUAUUUUUUAAUCAUGAAGAGUGUACCGAUAAUGACAGUUUUAUAUCUUUAUCACCAGUUAAAACUCGUAAUUCCAUGACAUUGUCUUGUAGUCCUCCUCAAAGUGGUAUGUUUGUUCAUGGCACACCAUUAAAGAGAUUGCAAACUAAACAAAAUAACAAGUCGUCUGCGGUAAAAUCUAAAAGUGUAUCACCACCUGACAUAUCACCGAUACAUACUACUGAGAACAAUGAAUUACACGAAAAAAUUGCACGUUGUUCUCGGUCGGCUAUUCGAUUAGACUUUGCAAUGGAUAUAAGUAUAGAUAAUGUAGUUGUGGACAAAAGUGAAAAUUCUAUUAAUGACACAUCUUUUAACGAAAAUAACAUGAAAUGUAUCGAGGACAAUCAUAAAAUAAUUGUAAAUAAUGAUAAAACAAAUUUAUGUGAUUCUGUUAAUAUGGAAGAAUCGCCUAAAAAUUUAACUAAAGCGAAUAAUUUCAAUGUAUUCAAUGAUCAAGGACACAAUAAUGGCAUCGAUUUAAAAAUUACGACUGAAAUAGAAAAUUCCAGACAAGAGAGUCACAAACAAAGUAAUACAAUGUUUGGCACGUCUGAUCAGCAAAGUAUUUCAAAUUCAGCUCAAGACACAGGUUAUCAAACUUACAGUAUGAAUAAUACGAUGCAUACAGUGGACAGUUAUAAUAAUAUAUCAAUGAAUUACAAAACUCAUUGUAAUGAAAGACAAGUAACAUCUAAGGUUAACAAUACUCAACUAUCCUGGAGAGAGAAUAUAGAAAAUGUAUUCAGUUCCACACCUUCCAAAUAUAAUAAGGAUUGAUAAAGAACUGAACGAUAAUUGAAUUAAUAUUGAUAUUUAGAGAAUGAAAAUAAACUGCAAUGCGAUUGAUAAUAGCAAAUGUGACACUGAUGUACAUAUGACUUUUAUAUGCUUAUUUUGUCUCUUUUAUUAAAUGAAAUUUUUAAAGAA